GCUCUAAGUUAUUGCACUUGCUCUAAUAUCGGAUUGUUUUCCCUUAACCAUUGCUCACUGACUUGACACAAAGACACACAAAAACCAUGUCCACCUCUCGGCCAUCGCAACGCCCGCUCGAUCUCGACAUCACAAUCGUCUCCGCCAAGCACCUCAAGAACGUCAACUGGCGCAACGGCCCUCUCAAGCCUUACGUCAUCUUCUGGACCGACCCGGACCGUCGUCUCGCCACCAAGUCCGACGAUUCCGGGUCGACCCGACCCGUGUGGAACGAGCAAUUCAUCCUGCCCCUCACUCUCUCUCCUCUCGAUUCUACCCUCACUCUAGAAAUCUUCCACUCCAAGCCGCUCGAGUCGGCUAAGCCGCUCGUGGGUAUUCUCCGCUUCCCGAUUAGAAACCUGGUUGACUCGGCUGACUCGGACGAGUCGGGGAAGCUCAGGACGUUCGAGCUCCGACGCCCCUCGGGUCGGCCUCAGGGGAAGAUCCGACUGAAACUAUCCAUUAAAGAACGUGUUUUGCCGGAUUACCAAACUGCCCCUCAGGGUGGGUAUUAUUACUCUUCUGCCCCUCCGCUCUCCGGUCCACGUGGCUACCCGCCGGUUCAUUCUCCACCUCCACCUCCUCCGGCUCCGUAUGGAUACGUGCCGGAUCCUUAUUCGGGUUAUUACCCGAGCUAUUACACCCAGCAGCAAGCUCUUCCACCUCCACCGCCUUCUCCGAGGCCUUAUUAUGAUACUCGAUUUACUGGAGCUCCUAGCGCCCCUGUCGAUUACGCACCACCGAGGCCUUCGAGGAUGGGAGUAGGGAGUGGAGUGGCAAUGGGAGCUGUGGCGGGGGCGCUUGGCGGUUUGGCAUUGGAGGAAGGGUUGAAGUAUGAAGAGGAGAAAAUCGCGGAACGUGUUGAGACGGACGUGAAUGCUAGGGAUGAGUACAGGGAUUAUCGAAGUGAGUAUUAAUGAUUUUAUGAUUUAUGGAUAUUGACGUGUUAGUUUGCUAAUUUAAGGUUUAAUUGGAGAAAUGUUUGUAUAUAAAUUUCAUAUCUUUGUGUGUGUUUUCAAUAGUCUAUGAAUGAUAACCUGUUUCCGUUGUAUGGAUUUAUGUGUGAAGCAAUAAAUUUAAACUAUUGUAUAA